GUGUUGGUGUAGUCAAGUGUUGCGAUAAGUAACGCUGUGUGCUGCGAAGUCCCGAGUUUUCCACUUGAUUUGGUUAUUUCUUCGGCUACUUCUCUUCUUGGUCAUGGCGGCAGCAUCGGCCUUAAUCCCAACUUCUUUAUUUAUAAUCGAGAAGAAAUCCCAUUUCACAAAUAAGCCUAAACUUCCAUUUUCUCCGCUUGCAGCUAAACGUACACUUUUGAAAAUUACUGCAAAGGCUGCAGGAGAUGGUUCAGAUUCUUCCUCUCAGAACAUUGUUAAAUAUGUGCAGAAUGCUUGGGACAACUAUGAAGAUCGAAUUGCUCUUGGUGGCUUAGGAUUUGCCUCUAUUGUUGCAUUUUGGGCCUCAUUAAACCUUAUUUCGAUCAUUGACAAAUUACCUGUGAUCCCCAGUGUUCUUGAAUUCAUUGGGAUAUUCUUUUCCUGGUGGUUUAUCUACCGAUAUCUCCUAUUCAAACCAGACAG